AUGGCCUCCCACGUCGUCAUCCGCGCCCUCCCCUUUGCCACCAAGUUCCCCAAGCGCCACGCGAAGGACAUCCUCGCGAGCGACCGCGCCCGCGCGAAGAAGCUCCUUCGCGGGUGCCAGCCGCACGGCCCGGCGGCGUUCAAGCAUAGGACGACGUUGACGGCGGAUCGGCAGAGCUUUGCGAAGACGGACUCCUCGGCGUCAGAUGCUGAUGAUACGGUGCCGGUCACCGAUGCGACCGUCACAUACACCUUGAGCGUCGGUGUGGGCAGCCCUGCUACGGACUAUACGCUGCUCAUCGAUACCGGUAGCUCGAACACCUGGGUCGGCGCCGACAAGAAGUACAAGGAGACGUCCACCAGCAAGAGCACGGGUCACAAAUUCAACGUCUCCUAUGGCAGCGGCAAAGUCAGCGGCACGGAAUACACCGACCAAGUCACCCUCGGCGAUGACCUCGUGAUCAAGAGCCAGUCCAUCGGCGUCGCUUCGAGCGCGCAGGGCUUCAACGACGUCGAUGGCAUCCUCGGUAUCGGGCCCGUUGACCUGACGCAGGGCACCGUCGCCAGCACCUCCAGCGUGCCGACCGUGACCGACAACCUCUACAAGCAGGGCACGAUCCCGACCGAGUCCAUUGGCAUCUUCUACCAGCCGACGACGUCGACGGAGGAGGUGGCGAACGGGGAGAUGACGUUUGGGGGGACGGACGAUGAGCGCUUCACUGGCCAGAUCACCUACACCCCCAUCACGAGCACAUCGCCUGCGAGCAACUACUGGGGCAUCGACCAGACGGUCACAUACGGCGAGUCGGGCACGACGCUGAUGGACAACUUGGCGGGAAUCGUGGAUACGGGCACCACCCUCCUCCUGAUCGCCUCGGACGCUUUCCAGAAGUACCAGAAGGCGACGGGGGCGACGCUCGACAAUUCGACCGGCCUCCUCACCAUCACCGAGGACCAGUACAAUUCGCUGAAGAGCCUGUUCUUCAAGAUCGGUGAUACCACCUUCGAGUUCACCCCCAACGCGCAGAUCUGGCCGCGCAAGCUCAACAGCCUCCUCGGCGGCGACGAUAACAAGAUCUACCUCGUCACGUCCGACAUGGGGAGCGAGAGCGGGCAGGGGCUGGAUUUCAUCGACGGCUUCGCGUUCCUGCAGCGCUUCUACUCCGUCUACGACACGACGAACAGCCGUGUCGGCCUCGCCAAGACGGAGUACACGAACGCGACGACCAACUAG